AUCUUUUAAUAUCUUUACCAAAUCUACAAUAUAUUGAUCUCACCUCAAUCCCAUGUUUUACCAUUUUAAAUACGAACAAUUUACUUACUGAUAUAAAAAAGAAUAAACAUCCUAUUCACACAAUUGAAAUGAGUGAAUCAUUACUUAAAAAACUUUACGUAGUUGAUGGAUGGAAAAUUGAUAUGAAUUAUGGUAGAAGGUGGUAUUACUCUCGGGAGGUUCAAAGAGAAGCAAUCCGACCUGAUAGAGUAAAUGGUAGAAAAUUAGAUAUAACUGAAUAUGGUCCAGAAUUUAUGAGCAAGAUUUUUCAAUAUUAUAGUUUUGAUGCAUGA